AUGUCUUACACAUCCGAGGAAGAAUCUGAAAUCAACUUCCAGCAGCAGCAUAAGUCGGCAGUCUGUGAAGCAGCACUGAGCAAAGGCAACCCCAUCAACUCUGCAGCUAAAAAGAGACGAAGUCAUCCUGGCAACCCAGAUCCAGAUGCAGAAGUAGUUGCAUUCUCACCAAAGACACUAUUAGCAACGAACAGAUAUAUAUGUGAAGUCUGCCAUAAGGGUUUCCAGAGAGACCAGAAUCUCCAACUCCACCGGAGAUGUCACAACUUACCCUGGAAGCUCAAACAGACAAGCGGCACUGAGACCAAGAAAAAGGUGUAUGUUUGCCCUGAGAUCACCUGCCCUCAUCAUGAUGCAAGCCGUGCUUUGGGUGAUCUAACAGGCAUAAAGAAACACUACUCGAGGAAGCAUGGUGAGAAGAAAUGGAAGUGCGAAAGAUGCUCCAAGAAAUAUGCAGUUCAGUCAGACUGGAGAGCUCACACAAAAAUAUGUGGCACCAAGGAGUACCGAUGUGAUUGCGGAACAAUAUUCUCGAGAAAAGAUAGCUUCAUCACACAUCGAGCCUUCUGUGAUGCACUAACUGAAGAUAACUCAAGAAUCAACCAAAGCCUUGCUGCGAUGGUGGGAAGUUUGCAUGGUCAACAGCAAGACAUCUUUCCACACACAAUACCUACUGCAAGCUAUUCACCAACUGAUGCAGUUGGAAACUUCUCUGGAAAUAGCCAGAGUUCAGAUAAACGUCUGAGAUCUAUAUCUCCUUAUACUUUCAUGGCAAGGAAUACUUCAUUGUUCUCCCACCAGAUAUUGCCAAACGAUUCUAGUAUUCCGAUAGAUGGGAGUGAACCAAACUCUCCUUACAUGUCCAUGAGUUCUCCAUAUAUGUCAGCGACAGCCCUGCUACAGAAAGCAUCAGAGAUGGGAGCAAAGACCAGUGAAGAUCCUACAUCUCCAUUACUUCUGAAAGGUUUUCCGAAUUACUUUACCACUAGGAGUCAUAUCAGUAUAUCUUCUGGAAUCCUAGGGAACUCGACAGCUAAUAGUGAUAGAAAGAAGACUGCUGAAGUCAACAACAGCUCUUACAUGAACUCACCAUGGGCUGGUAGCUGCAUUGGACCUAAUAAUACAGUGCCUUGGAUUGGACUUCCUCCGUUCUCCACAAGGGCAGAAAAUAGAAGAGAAAAUAGAAGUUCUAACAUGGGUGAUGAGGAUCACAUGCAGCAAAAUGCACAUGAAAGCAUUUUUGGAGUUAGAGGUGUGGGACUAACACAAGACUUUCUAGGUUUAGGAGGCAAUGGUAAUGUCCAGAUGAGUGAUGACACCUACAAUGGGAAUACGUCAUUGAGCUACUCCGAUGAGCAGCCGAAAUCCCAGGAAGAUAUCUACUCUUAUCAUCAGUAG